AUGUACAAACUCAACUGCUUUGUCUUGGGCGAUGAUCCUCGCCAUAUAUUUGAGAUCGAGAUUGCGCUGACAGAGAGCGUCAGCGCCCUCCGAAAGGCUAACGUGAUAUUUUGGAAGGUCGACCUGCCUGUCGACGAGACGAUCGAACACAAUCUUAGCAGUCUUACACUUGACACAAAGGAAUCACUAUCACCUGAUGAACACCUACAUAUUGUUAUCCAAGGCCCACCUGCCGUGCCUUCUGGACCGCUCCGCCUCAAACUCAAACUCAACUGCAUUGUCCUGGGCGAUGAUCCUAGCCAUGCAUUUGAGAUCAAGAUUGCACCAACAGAGAGUGUCAGCGCCCUCCAAAAGGCUAUCAAGGACGCGAAGAAGCCACAUUUUGACCAUGUUGCUGCUGAUAAUCUCAAGCUAUGGAAGGUCAAGAUCAAUUUGAACGACCCACACUUACUCAACGCGAUCGGAGACGAAGGCGUGGAGUUGAAGCCGUUAACCGAACUGUCCAAAGUGUUCACGGAUGGAGUAGAGCGUGGAUGUAUUCAUGUCGUCGUACGACAUCCUGCCGUUGCACGAGGCAGAAGUAUGGAAGACCCAAACGAUCAUAUGGCGGAGCUCAACAAAGCUAGUGGAGGUGGAUGCCCAGAUCAAGCAUUCAUCCCGAGAGCUGCAAAAUUCCCAGAAGAUGCAGGAACAGGUGAUGCUGAACGUCAGCAGGCUAAGCUCUGCCCACUCACGCGGGACCUUGCCAAUGUUAGGCACGCAGCAGACAAAGCAGCAGAGGCCCACAGACGUGCAUCUCAACAUAAUACUUCCCUCAGCGACAACAGUCUAGCCGAAUAUCGCUCACUAAAAGCAUCUGCUAGCGUCCUUGCCGUUUCUGAGCGUCAAGCUCUGGAGACACUCAGCUGA